UUAAUAACAUUUUAGGACCCAAAUUAUGGAGGACUCGGUAUAUUUUGAACCAGUUUCAAAAGAGACAAUAAAUAAAAUAUUAGAAAAAUAUAAUUAUACGGAAAGCUCUCUAAAAAGUGAUGUGGAUUCUUUAUAUGAUUGGUUCGCAACACAACCUCAUUUUCCCACCAAAUUAGAUAAGCAACUUUUACCUUUAUACCUAUUGUUUGGAAAAGGAAGUAUAGAGACCACCAAGCAAAAAGUAGAUUUUUACUUCACCCUUAGAAGCAAAAUUAAGGAAUUUUUUGAAAAUGACAAUCCCACCCAUGACCACCUGCUGGAUUUUUCAAAGCUGAUGUACAUUGUCCCAUUGCCAAAGUUGAAUCAUGACCUGGGCAGGGUCAUGGUCAUGCAUAUGAGAGAGACUGACCUUCCCUAUGAUCCCAUCUUGAGUUUUAAAACAAUAAUGAACAUCACAGACCUACGACUGCAUGAAGAUGUAUCAGUUGGUACUUAUAUAAUUUAUGACGGAAAAAACUCAAAAAUACAACAUGUAACUUGUUGGAGUCCAAUGUUGGUUAAGAGAAUGAACGAUUGUUUUAAUAAAAUGUUUAAAGAAUCAGUUCUUGGUAUUCAUUUAAUUAAUAUACAACCAUACAUAACCAACUUCCUUAAUGUUAUUAAACCAGUUAUAGGAAAAAAAGUUGCUAGUCGUAAAAAAAUGUCUCAAAUUAAAGACUUAUUAAAAAUAACACCAAAUUUAAAAAAUGAAAUAAGAAAUAGUUUCAAUAUAACCAAAGAAGAAAUAGAAGAAAAUAUUAAGUUGUUAAGAUUAUGGAUGGAACAAACUCCACAUUUACCCACAGAAAUAUAUAGAUGGGUGGAAGAAAUCGACCAUUGGACGCCAUUUUUUACCCGACAUGUUGAAGUCAAAUCUGAUGAAACCAAGAGAAUUGGACGAAAUCACGAGUUCGAAAUUUUCGGGACUGGCUCUGAAGGGUCGUUCAAAAAAAUUAAUCUACAGCAAUUAUUGUAGUUUGUUUUUUAGCUGACCAUUUGUAUAAUAUUUUUUAUGAUUUUAAUAGGGUUUUAAGUUUGUUAGAAAAACUCCUAUAAAGAGUAGUAUGUAUUAAAAAAAUGGUUUAAAAAAUGUGCGUUAGGGAUUUUUGUUUUAUUUUGUUGAUGACUGAUUUAUUAGUAAUUUUAUUUUUAUUUCAAUAAACCUAUUUUUAUUUAUACA